GCCAGCUGCUGUAUGAAUAAGCUCACUCUAUCAGGCUAGCUCGGGGAUGGGGGAAUCGCCUUUCCGUGUGCUAUAGCCUAUAAGUGGUGGAAUCUAAAUCAUUAUGGCUGAUACAUGUUCCAGAGGGAUGGAAAGAGGCAGAGGAAGGAUUACAUCAGAUUCUCUGCCGAGAGCCGCAUAUCCUCAGCAGUAUGUUCAGACGGGCUCCCAGCAGCAGGGCAUCGACAUCCAGGAGCUGGCAUCCAAGCGCGUCGACAUCCAGAAAAAACGCUUCUAUCUGGAUGUGAAGCAAAGCGUGCGCGGACGCUUCCUCAAAAUCGCCGAGGUGUGGAUCGGAAGAGGCCGCCACGAUAACAUCAGAAAGAGCAAACUGACACUGUCUAUGUCAAUGGCACCCGAUCUGCGGUAUUGUCUGGGAGACUUCAUUGACUAUUAUGCCCGUAUUGGACUGCGCGGGGGCCUGGUGCCGCCGAGGCCGGAGGAGCAGAGCAACGGGCAGGGCCGCCCCCACGACUCCCACAGGAGGCAGCAAGAGCACCUGGCGAUAUCUGUGUCCCCCACCGGCUCUGCAGCAUCAGAGGAGCAUGCCCACCGCGUCCUCAAGAGUGAAUUAAUCGAGAGAGACAACCGCAAGUACUAUUUGGACCUGAAGGAGAACCAGAGAGGCAGAUUUCUCCGCAUCAGACAGACUGUCAGCAAAGGACACGGCACGAUGGGUUACUACGGCCAGGGCAUCGAGCAGACCAUUGUCCUGCCGGCCCAGGGGCUGAUCGAGUUCCGAGACGCGCUGUCACAGCUGAUCGAAGACUACGGCGAUGAAGACAGCGACGACCGCGGGAGAGGCACCAGGAACCACGACGAAAAUCCCGAGCUUCCAGAGGCAGCAUCCUUCAGGGUGGACAACAAAAGGUUUUACUUUGACGUCGGCUCCAACCGGUAUGGUGUCUUUCUGAAAAUUAGUGAAGUGCGGCAGCCGUACAGAAACACAAUCACAGUUCCCUUAAAAGCCUGGGCCAGAUUUGGAGAGAAUUUCAUCCGGUAUGAAGAGGAGAUGCGACGGAUUUUCUCCUGUCACAAAGAGAAAAAGGCAGAGCCUCGCCAAGACAGUGAAGACCAGGAGGAUUGA